UCCAUCGGUUCAGAUGUGAAAGAAGUGCGUCUGCUGUCAUAUUCGAUUUUUACAAUUUAUAAACGGUUUAAUUUUUAUCGAUAAUUGUUCAAUAGUUUCACAAUACCAAAUUAUUUCUGGCUAGAGUGAAAAAACAGUGGCUUGUAUUUCGAAUCUACAAAGAUCCGACCUUGAAAAUGAAAUAGAAUCUCCAUACUGCUAGAGAGGUAGAGAGACAUUGCAGCGAACAGAUGGAAGAGAUAGAAGAUUUUGAGGAAUUUUAUUACGAAAACGAGGACUAUAUGAAGCCUCCCCAAAAGUUGGAAGAUCUGAUGAAUCAAGAAAAACAUAAUAUUAAAACUAAGGUUAUUGACGUGGGAGAUAACUGUAUAGAAAUUAUACGAUUUCCUGAUCUGCCAGAAAUAGCGAUGGGGUUUGAUCUUAACAGCCUGCACUUGAUGUCGCUUCAAGAUCUUGCUAUGAGAAGAUUGGCUGUACAGUUGUGCUGUCACCGCAAAAUGCUUGCGUAUACUGUGAAAAAAGAUUCAGAGACGCGACGUCAAAAGGAACACGAAAUAAGGAUGUACGGUUUGUUAAAAAAUCUUCUACCUGAAGUUCCGCUUCCACCAUCCAUGAAACACGAGUUAUUCAGUUUAAUGAAAUCUGUUUCCAGAGAAAUUAUAAAAUGGUUGGACCUCCAUGAAAAUUAUUUAGGUCCGUGCAACCUAAACGAAAUGGAGAAUUUGGUACAACUGUGCUGGACUAGCUUGGGGAAUGUGGAUUAUCGGGAAACAGUCGCAGCACUCAUUCGCCAAGAAAAGCUGGACGUGACACAACGUUACAAUCUCGCUUGCCUGUAUUGCUUGGAAGAGGACAUCAGAGAGCUUUGGCGAAAGAUGCCCGAAAAAAGCAAAAACUCCUAUUAUGAUGCCAACCCUGCGAAUAUCAAGCAACCAGAUUUAGUUAUUAUUUGGACUUUUAUCUUAAAAGGAAAAAUAGAUAACUUUCUUAGAUACCUUGAAGAAAAAGGAAAUUCCCACCCCUCCAUUAAUCACUUUGGGUUCGAAAGUGCUGCAACCGGCGGUUACAGAACGGCUGCUCAGUACUUUUAUGAAAAGUUAACGUUCGAAGAAAGAGAAAAAGUAUUGAUGAAAACCGCCAUGUCUGUAGCAAGCCUACGUUCAAAUGAUUAUUACUUUUACAUGGAGGAACGCCAACAAUUAGGUGACGUUUUGUUCUAUUUGAUGUCCGUGAUGCAGCCGUACGAGCAGAAGAUCUUGCUUUGGUACUACCCUUGUGAGACCUUGAAGUGCGUGCUGGAUUGGCCCAGGCAAGAUGCCUUUAUCGAACUUGCAAAAUCCGCAUAUCCUUUCCUUUCAUUACACGCUUACAUCCGGGUGCUUUUCAAUCUGUCCCGAAACAAUUCCUCGGGAUAUAAUUAUUCGAAAUUAUUUCAAGAAUUUUUUAUGCUCGGUCCCUUUGAUUUCAAUUUGGAGAUGACAUACUACAAAUAUAUUUUGCUAGAUUUUUUUCAAAGUUACGACAUGGAAACUGUCAAAUUUAUUUUGAAACAUCUGGAAGCUCAGGGAAUAAUUGAUCCUAUUUUGGAUUCCACAAGCAGUUUCACUCACUACGAACUAUGCAAACCGUGUGAAUGGGAUUUGAUGAAAUUUUUCAUCGAAGAGGUCAAACUCUAUGAAUCAGAGAGACGGAGAAAUGCGAAAUUAUUGAGUGAAAGUCGGAGAUUACAUCCGGAGAAGAAAGAAAACCAGCGUCUCAUAGAUGUCAAGAAUAACUCUGAUCUUGAGAUUCAAGAAAAAGAAAUAAAUGAACCGAUGGCUGUAAAAAAGCUUUUAAUGCCUUUAAAAGCAGUGUACGAUAAUUUUAUUAAUUUUCUUUUUCAAUAAGUACCAUUCAUGCCUAUUUUGUAAAUUAUAAAUUGUAUCAUUGUUGUGUGACAUGGCAACGCAAAUUCUUUACAUUUUAAUGCGGCGAUUUUUAAAACUGUUUACAUA